AAAAAUUUAUGUUAAGUGAACAAGAGUCUUCUUUCGAAAUCCAUUAUCUUCAAUCUUGGAGGAAACCGGAGAUAUAGUUUUAAAAUAUCAUUCAGUUAUAAUUCAUACCCGGAGAAAUAGGGUUUAAAAUAGAAUAAAAUUAUUAUCAAAGUGAAAAAUCUUAAUAUGGAAGAGUUUGAAAAAGUGAAGUGAAAACUAAACAUUGUCUCGGAUCCACCAUGUUGAAUUCAUGUCUCGGGAGAACAUCAACUCUACCCUUAGAGCAGAGUAGAAGAGAACCUGUCCUAGGAUGCACCCCUCCUCUCCAGGUCCUGCUAGAUCAGAACAGGAUGAUACAGGUCAACCUAUCCAGGAGCUUUUGGAGAGGAGUUGGGGAUAUAAAGGAGGUUCUCCUACCUAACACCAGCUCUGUAGGGAACUCCCAGUUCUACAUCCAGGGUGGAGAACGAAGCGUUCUACUUGAAGACGAUAGUUUCUUCGAAGAUAUGACGUCACUGUACAAGCGACAGAAGGUUUUAUUUCAACGAACCUGUGAACAACUAAAGGACGUAUACCAGGUUGAUAUAACUCCGGCUGUCUCAAUUACUGAAACAUCGCCUUUUGGUGAGUUUGAAGAGAAGGAUGGUGAAGAAUUAUAUACUGAGGUUCUCUAUUCUCUGCUUAAUAUGAUCGGGAAGGAUGCGGAUAGGAAUGGUCAAUAUGAGAUGAUUGAACAUAUUCGUAAAGUGUUUCAUAUAGAACCCCAGCAGCAUCUGGAUAUAUACAAUCAGGUGGUUGCAAGACCAAAACCUAAAGUGCACCUAAGCCUCUGUAUAGUUGAAGCUAAGGAUCUGGUUUCUAAACAGGUUUCUGGAACCAGCAAUCCGUACUGCACAUUCUACAUUACAUCAGAUAAAACCAAUCCCCUGAGCAGUUCCUGUAAACCUGAAACCCUUAAUCCAGUCUGGAAUGAAACCUACAAUAUGGAGUUAAAGGACGUAUCACGUGACAGUAUCCAUAUAGAUGUUUGGAACUUUGAAGCUGUGCCUGGAGAACGUGUUGUGGAUAAAUUAAAAAGGUUGGGAGAAGUCAAGGAUGGAAGAGGGUUAAAACAGCUCAUCUCUGAUACAGUUGCUCCUCCCUCAUCAGACCGACUGAUUGGUCAUGUUGAGAUACCAGUCCGUGAUCUGCCAGCCUGUGGUUCCAACGCCUGGUGGUCCCUGUAUAAGAUGGAUGGUAAACUCAAGAAGAACCGAGGAGACAUUCAUCUCAUCCAACAUCUUUAUAUCAGACAAGGGAAACUUAAUCAGCAUAUCAGAUUACUCCGGGCUCUACUCUCCUACGAGCUGGUAAAGAAAGGAUACACGGCAUACUCCUGGAAGGAUAACUUUAGCCGGGAGACCUUAGGGAUUCUGGCCCAGCACGCCAUUCAGUCUAAGAUGUCCAGGGUUGACACUGCUCUGACUAGAUGUUUAGUAUACUGUCAGGUUCAUUUUAUCCUCCCCCUGGACUGCCGUGUUUUCCUGCCUAUCCUGGAGAAACUACGGAAACCCCUGCUAGCAAACCAGAUCCCGGAGGAACUGGUUCAAGAGUUUCAUCAAACCUCGGAGAAACUAGUUCAACACUUCUCAACAUUUAUUAGGAAGCAUAGAUUGUACUUGGGGAACAACAGUACAAAGUACAAAGUACAACUGGAAUCUAUCCUGCAGGCCCUGCAUCUUCUCCACACCAUGAAAUGGAGAACUAGAAACGAUAUUGUCCUUCAGACCAGGUAUAUAGUGUUUGAUCAGAAUAUCACACUAAUAACUAAAUCUCUGAUAGACCAGGCGUGUGAUGAUAUGAAACCUAUUCUAUUCUCUGAAGAGGAAGGAUUAGCUGUAAAAUCUAGUUUAACAGUUGGAACUCAACUGUACGAGCUGUAUCUGGCUCUCCAGCAGUUCUACUCCCUCGGGUUCAACGUGAUCAAGCACAGUAGGGAGGAGGAGGAGGAGAAGGAGGACCCUAGAGAGGAGUUUACUAUAUUUCACAGCUGGUUUAUCAGAGCUGUUGCUAAAUGGUUAGAUAUCGCGCUGUAUAAAGCUAUGGUGAGAAUUGUGAAGGCGGUUCAGUUGGACGAUUUGAAACCAGUCGACGAUUUAAGUAGUCAUUCGUCGUCGGCCGUAGACGUGAGAACAGUACUUAGCCAGAUCAGAACAUUUUGGACCCAGCUGUCCUGGCCCGAUGUUGAAACAAGUUAUGUUUUUAUUUCGCGGAUUUUAGACGAUGUUUGCCGCGCAAUUAUAUUCUACGCGGAUAAAAUGUGCGCAAAGGCCGAAGAACAGAAGAAAAUCAUGAGCUUACGCUAUCAGAACCUACAGUGCAGUGGGGAACAAUGUCUUGCCAUAAAUAAUAUUGAUUACGUGAAAACCUAUAUCAAUCAAUUUGUCAGUGAAUUGGGUAUAGAAGGAGUCUUGUUAAAACUAGAGGAACAGAAAGGAGGUUUGGUUGCAGACGCCUGUAGAAAAACUAUUCGAACCCUGAUGAAGAAUUCUAUAGAAAAUGUUGAAAAUCAAAUUCUCUCCAUUUUAGAAGAAGUUGGCUCCAAGAUGGCCCCGACAAUAGAACGGUUUCUGUUCGAAGGUCAGGUCUACUGUGCUAAUGAGUCAGACCGGAGAAACCUUCUCCAGUACCUAGAUGAGAACCUGAUAUUUCUCAAGCAUAGGUUGGUUCCAGCAAACUUUGAGCGUGUUCUCUCUGUGAUGUGGGAAGUGUCCUCUAAAUCAUUGUCUGAUAUUCUGCAUAAGAGUAUUGAGAAGAGAAAACCCCGGCAAUUCUUUGUUAGUCUUUAUGAAACCUUUAAGGUUCUGAUAAAUUUCUUCUACGGAGAAAAGAUUCCCUCGGAUACGAACCUUGUAAGUACUCGGAGACUACUGGAGCUAUUCUCCUCCAGUCCUGAAACCCUGGUGGAUAGUUUCUACAAGGAGAGAUUGGAAGAUCAAACCCGGGUUCCAGAGAAUAUAUUUCCUCUAGGUUCUCUUACUGUUAAACUUCAGCUUAUUGGUUCUCAUCUUAGGAUUUUGAUAAUGAACUGUAGAAACUUAAAACCUACCUCACACCUCCGGAGAUCACAGAGCGGAGAUAUUUCUAAUUUUCAAUCAAAGUUUAAUAGAAAUAAUAGGUUAAAUAAAUCUUCAUACAACCUGUCCAGUUCCAUCGAAUCAAAGGUUGAUACGGUCAAGGAUAAAAUGGAAAACCUACGGUUAAGCGUACAGGAGGUUCGUGUACGCGCACAUAUGAGCGUCAACAACGGCAUGUGCUCUCCCUAUGUGACCGUCAAGCUGGUCCCUGGCCCAGGAGGAAGCGUUGCAAUCACUAAACUGAAAACUGUCUCCAAGUCAAGAACUCUGUUCCCGAUCUUUGACCAAACCUUCGAUAUGAUUUUACCUCAUGAGAGAACCAGGGAUAAGCUGUAUCUAUUGUUCUCUGUCAAGGAUCUAGGUCCUCUAGGAGAUAGGAUACUACUCGGAGAAGCUAUAAUGCCGGUCAAUCAAAUUAAAAGAGUUGGAGAAAACCUGAACCUGGAUGAAGUUGAGCAGACCCAGUUUCCCCUGACACUUCCUUCCUCCUCGGAGCUAUAUAUUCUCAGUGCUCUCCAAACCAGAGGAUCCAGUUUACCAAGAGAAACCAGAACCUGGCUGAAUACACAGAGAAGAAGAAUAGUUUUAUAAAUUUUAUCCUUUACUUUUCUUUCUUAAUCCUUUCCCUUCUUUUUAAUCCUUUGCCAUUACCUAAUCCCUUCCUUUACUUAAUCCUUUACCUUUACCUAAUCAUUUGUUUUUACUUAAUCCUAUCCGUAUACUUAAUCCUUUAUCUUUACUUAAUCCUUUUCCUUAACUUAAUCUUUUCCCUGAAGUAUAUCAUUUUUCUUAGCCUUUCUUUUUAAUGAAACCUUUCCCUUUACAUUUUCCUUUUUCCAGUAAAAUAUCCUUUUUCUUUCUUAAAUCCUUUUUCUUAGCUUGAUCCUUUGUUUAUUACUUUUUUCUUCACCUUAACCUUAAUCCUAUCGUUAUACUUAAUCCUAUCAUUAUACUUAAUCCUAUCAUUAUACUUAAUCCUAUCCUUAUACUUAAUCCUACCCUUAUACUUAAUCCUAUCCUUAUACUUAAUCCUAUCGCUUUAUUAAAUCCUUUCCCUAAACCUUUUCCUGAACUUAAUUCUUCUCAAUCUCACAAAUUCUGAAAUUUCUGUAAAACCGAUUACUUAACUUCUCUUUUGUACUUGUGAAUCAUGAUUAAAUAUUUCAGAAAAUUUGAAAAUAAAAUAAAUUUUGCAAUAUUAAA